UGAGGUAUGGUAUGCUGAGCGUGCCUCUGAGCCCCAAUGUUAGAGAGAUUCAAAAUCUCCAGCUGUGCCAACCGUGCAUGCGAGCAGUGGUUCUUGCCGGGUUACAACGACCUACAGCCUUAAGCGUUCGAGAAUCAUCAGGCAGUGUGUUCACGAGGCGAAGCAUAUCCUACUGUCAGUCUGGGACAGAGGAAAGCUGCUUGACAAGCUUGGAACGGUAUCAUCAACGGGUCGAUCACAUGUAGACCACCCGAUAAGUGAGGCGCGGGCACAGAGCCCCCGCAUGCGUGCAUACCAACUUGACCAUGACCCGAUGCUCGGUCCCUCGGCGACAUGUCGAGCGCGGCGAAGACAAGGGCGCGAGGAGCAGCGACUCAGACGAAGACGACUGUCUGUGGAUUGGACGAGGGCAGCGCCACUGCGGCGGGCCACCGCGCACGUGGACCAUCCCUUUGAACCCGCCCAUCCGCUCGGCUCGGUCCAGUUCAGCCCCACCAGCUUUCACGACUACAAAACGAUCCUUGCCCACCAACGCCCUGGACGGCACUCCUUCGCGCAACAUGCUAGCGACAGCUUCUACCGUUGAUCACUCCUUCGAUGACGACGACUGGCUCGCACCGCAGCCCACCCAACGACUGUACCGGGCGGCAUCCGUAGGGAAUAGCUGGGGAGUGACGUCUAUUGGCCGAGGAUUCGACUGGAAGGACCAGGAGGACGAGGCGCAAGGUCCGUCAGCAGUCGAGCACCCUCUGCGACUGCAUGCAGAUCCUCCUGUGCUCGCUCGAGACUCUACCGUGACUCCCGGACGGGUCGCUCGCGGUGCGGCACGGAGUAAUCCGCACGGUCCUUCAAAACAAGCAACUCUAGGAGUGCACACUCCCUUGACAGCCCCCGCAUUCUUUCCCAAUUACUCUGGAUCCUACUUCGCAUCAUCCUCUCCACUGUCACAAUCACCUAAUGCAUCUCGUCCAUCUUCUCCACUCCCGAUUUCUCGCACCGCUUCCCCACGUCCCCUAUCCCCCGGAUCAGCACGGCCACCGCUAUCUCGUACGCCUACUUCGCCUCGAUUAGGUGGACCUGCUCGACCUCGACGAAGGUCCUCACAGCAGCGUGUCUCACUUAUCGCCGGACGUGUGUCGAUCGUCCCGUCCCAGCCUCCAUCUCCGCCACCCGCAGUUCCACAGACGCUUGUUCGAGCGAACAGCGCAGCUAGCUUCCUCAGCGUAGCCACAAGCGCAGGGCCGCCCACACCCAAUUCGGAGGUUGACGCGCUCAACGAGCGUAGCAUAUCGGAGUUUGUGAUUGAACGCGAGAUUGGACGCGGUGCUUAUGGACUCGUCAAGAGAGCGAGAGAAAUGAACACCGAUGGCACGCUUGGGCCUCCGCUAGUCAUCAAGCAGAUCAUCAAGUCGCGCAUUCUCGCUGACUGCUGGAAACGGCAUCCCAAGUACGGGACCAUCCCCAUUGAAAUAUACGUGAUGUCCGCUAUUUCGGCAACGCAAUACGUCCUACCUCCCAGAAGGCCUUGGCACCCGUCGCGACUGUCACCACAGCCAGACGAUAGCUGGGUGGAAGGCAAAGUUGUGAACGGUCACCCUAACAUCUGCCCCCUGCUGGACUUCUUCGAGGACAACCAUUAUUAUUAUCUCGUAUUGCCUUCUACUACACCGGAGCCGAAGGAGGGCGAACCCACGCCACCAUCCGAUCUUUUCGACCUUGUAGAAAGUCAUCCUCGCGGUCUCCCUCCGGAUUCUAUCAGGUCCUAUCUCGGGCAGAUCGCGGAUGGCAUGGCCUUCCUGCAUUCGAAGGGCAUUGUACAUCGAGACAUCAAAGACGAGAACGUCGUGCUCGGUCCUGCAGGGAAGUGCGUUUUGAUCGAUUUCGGUAGUUCUGGCCUCGUGAAGAAGAAUGGGUGGGAUACGUUCAGCGGCACGCUCGACUAUGCUGGUCCAGAAAUCCUCCGAGGCGAGCGGUACUUUGGGAAGGAACAGGAUGUAUGGGCAUUCGGCGUCGUGGCUUAUGUCAUGCUUGUCGGAGAAUGUCCAUUCACUACUGCGGCGGAGGCACAGGAUGGCCUCGAGUCACCCUUCUCGAACGCCUCGAUAGCGUUGGACGAACGUUGCGCUGAGGGCAAGGACCAUGAAGGGGAAGAAACAGACGGAGGUGGGGCUCUGAGGGACGCUGCCGCUCUGGUCCGGGCAUGCCUGCAGGUCGAUGUAGCGGCGCGACCUACCUUCCAGCGGAUUUUACAGAGCCGAUUCUUGAGUGGGCGCGGGGGCUGGGGCACGGAAGAGUGAUACGUCUCGCGAUAUUGAAAAGGGGAGUCCGCGUGGUCUGUGCGUGCAUAGCUUUCUUGGACAUCAGACGCUAGAGAAUGCUGACCCGCUUGCUCGUCCGUGCUGCAGGUAUGUUAUCUGAUGCCUUGCGGCAGCGAA